AUUUAUCCUCACUGCAUGGCUUGAAUCAUCCCCAGUCGCCGUCAUCAGUCCGCGGCCUGUACUGACUGCGCCAACUCCCUUACAUCCACCGUCCGUCACCAUGCCCAAGCUAGUCGCGCCGCCAGCGUCCCAACUCCCCAUCCGGAAUCUCCUCACCGCGAAAAGACCAUCCACAUCUCGCACAGCAGUACCCUGCCAGUUCUUCGUCUCCUCGCCCGUCCGGCCCCUCGCGCACCCGCAACACGGCAUCCUCCACGAGCCUGAACACUGGCAGGCUCCCCCGCUGCGCUUCUCGCCGUCGGGGCGCAACCGGAGCAUUUCCGAUGAGCUGGAGGGGAAGGGCUCGAACGGGGAGCGCAAGCCGCCUGAUGAGCGGGUCUUGAAGUUGGGGAAGACCCUUCGAACCCUCUCCCCCCUCCUUCCCACCCUCCUCUUCAACCCUCUUCCAACAGAAAUUCUCUCGCCACACGUCACCCUCCACCUGUUUCCAUCCACCCACCCGCACCUCCCAACAGUCAAAGGACGGACCCUCUACCGCGCCGCGCUGUGGACCGUCCCAGUAGCAUGGAGCGCCCUCCCAUUAGUCGGGAACGUCAAACUGCAGAUACUAAGCGAGCGCAUAGUGCGCGCAGGGACAGUCCUCGACCCCGAAGGAUCCAGCGACAACAACGACAUCGGCGACGAGCGUCUAGUCGUGCGCUGGAAGACGGAACCGCGGAAUGAAGACCACCAGUCGUCCUCUUCCUCCGGUGACGCCGGCCAAUCCCGCGUGGCGUCCUCGUCCUCUAAACCGGGGAUCAACCGAAACCUAAGCGUUCUUCUAGGCGGCGACGCGCCGAUCUUCAAACUCUCCAAGGAGGAGCAAUUCACAGGACUGUUCAUCUUCUCGUUUGACGAAGAGGGCCGCAUCGCGUCUCAUACGAUCGAGCAUGCCGAUGAUGCGAGGGGAUGGGAGCGCACUGCGAAGUUCGUUACAUUGACAGACUGGUUGAUUGGGAAAGCGAGGGGCUCGUUGGAUCCCGCUCCCGCCCCGGGUCUGGCUAUGCAGGGGUGCGAGGAGUCCGAGGGGUUAGCUUGGGGGCUGGGGAGGGAGGAUCUGUAUCAUCGUCGAUGACUACGUAGUAGUUGUGCUGUCGUGUUUCGCUGACACUGUCUUUGCUGUACUAUGGGAUAUGUGUAGUAUUUACUGGGGGUGGAUGGGCUGGGCUCUUCUCUUCUCUUUCCAUGGACUAGGCAUGUUACUGCUCUAGUUCGUAUUGUGGCCAGCUCUGCUAGGUUUAUGGUGUCUAUGUACGUUAUACCCAUGAGGGGUGUUCUUUUUAUGAUUAUUCUUUUUUUUCGGCGUUUACUAUUGUCUGACUCCAAUGUAUCAAAUGUAUCGAAUGUAUCGAUAGAGUUUUUUUUUUUUCUCAACUAUGUACAACCCCGUCGCUGACCAGCAGCGCGGGGCUUCA